CACACACACACGCACACACACACACACACUGACAGGUCGAGCUAAACGCGCGCGUGACUGAAGUUUCAAAGCGUCUCUGCGCGUCAGCCGAGCAGCUCCAAAGGAGGCUUAAGAGAACAUUUGCUCAGAUUUACAGUCCUGCUGUGGAGCUCAAGAUGAGCAAAGCAACUCUCACUGCUCUCUUUAUAGCAUUUUUACUGACGUCCAGUGGAGCAAAGCCAAAUGAAAAGAAUAAAAAGCCAAAACAAGUUGUGCCAGCGAUACAGUGUGAUGUACGGGCUGGGAAGAUCAAUCUCUCAGAGUUUAUUGUUAAGUGUCCAGCUAACUGUACGGAGUCCAAGGAGAAGGUGUAUGGGACAAGUGUGUUUGCCUCCAUAUCCAGUAUCUGCAAUGCUGCCAUUCACAGUGGAGUCAUCACUAACUCUGGAGGAAAAGUAAUUGUGAUGAAGAUGGCAGGACAGGCGACCUACAAGGGUAGCUUUGCCAACGGUGUCCGAUCUCUGUCCUUACCCAACUGGAGAGAAUCCUUUUCUGUCUCAGUGGGUAAACCAAAGAAGGGUGUCAUCUACCCAUCCACUCUAGUCUUUGUACCCUCAAGACCCACAGCAGUAAGAACAGAUGAUGUCAAAAGCCUACUGUACUCUACGGCGCCGCCGGUGACGGAGGCCCUAGAGACGGAGCCCAGCUCCACUGCAGCUCCACCCACAACCACUUACGUGACCACACCCAUCACCACAGCCCCUCCCACCACCACAUCAGCCAAGCCACGGACCACUGUUCAUAAACCCCGCGAGGCAGGCAGCAUUCACCCGUAUUUCAGCUCUGUUGCACGACAGUCCCAGAGCACCCAAGGAAAGGGUCCCAUACAAGCAUUUAGAGGCAGCUCCGUCUAUGCCAAUAGGUUCUCACCCCGCACAAACACAGGUGUGCACAGACUAGAGACGGGCACCACGAUCCGGAGACAGUCACAGUCAGCAGCUUUGAGUCGGGUGCAGCCGCAGUCUGAGAGGAAGCAGCACACGGCGCAGUCUAAUCCUGCACUUGCAAGAAGAGAUUGGCCACACUCUGCGUACGCACGACCUGAUUGGUUCUCUGGCCCCAGAAGACCAACAGAUAGUAGCCACUCUGUGCCAAACACAGGCUAUAAAUGGAGCAGGAUGAGUACUGGUGACCCCGCAGCUGUUGUCCCAAGGCCUGAUAACACAGAAUAUGAGCACUGGCUGUAUAACUUUGGACAGUAUUCUCCGGCGCCAGAAGAAAACAAGCCUCCAUCUGAGACGACCAGCAAUGGAGAGUCACUUGCUGGGUCAAACCCAUUCGAGUCAGGUUUCAGAGCACAAGGACGCAACCCAACUGCCAGAGUUCCUGAACUCAUGUCUCAAGGAGAUCCAAACUGUAAAGUUGAUAUUGCAUUCCUCAUGGAUGGCAGUUGGAGCAUUGGGAAACGUCGUUUUAAGAUUCAGAAAGACUUUCUUGUGGAGGUUUCUCAGGUCAUUAAUGUGGGUGUAGCUGGAUCCAUGAUGGGCAUCAUUCAAUAUGGGGAUGAUCCAGUCACAGAAUUCAGUCUAAAACAGUUCUCCAGCUCCAAGGAUCUGAAGCCGGCCAUCAGCAAAAUAGUCCAGAAGGGUGGUCUGUCCAAUGUAGGAAAGGCCCUCUCCUACAUCAACAAGCAUUUCUUCAGUGAUGCUAAUGGGAACAGAGGUGGGGCGCCCAACGUGGCUGUGGUCCUGGUGGACGGCUGGCCCACUGACAAAGUGGAGGAGGCCUCCCGUCUGGCCAGAGAGUCAGGCAUCAACAUCUUCUUUGUCACCAUAGAAGGCCCAGAUGAGAAUGAAAAACAGAACGUAGUGGAAACCAACUUUGUGGACAAGGCUGUGUGCAGAACCAAUGGCUUCUUCUCGCUUCCCAUCACCAGCUGGUUUGCUCUGCGCAAAGCCGUACAGCCUCUGGUGAAGCACGUGUGUGACACGGAUCGUCUGGUCUGCAGUAAGACCUGCCUUAACGCCAACGACAUCGCCUUCGUCAUCGACGGCUCCAGCAGCGUGGGAACCGGGAACUUCCGCACCGUGCUCCAAUUCGUCGCCAAUGUGACACAGGAAUUUGAGAUCUCAGACACGGAUACUCGUGUAGGAAUCGUGCAGUACACGUACGAACAGAGGCUGGAGUUUGCUUUCGGACAACACAACAACAAACCGGAUCUGCUGAACGCUAUCAAGCGUAUAAACUACUGGAGCGGAGGUACCAGCACCGGAGCCGCCAUCACGUUUGCUGCAGAUCAGCUCUUCAGCAAAUCCAAACCCAACAAGCGCAAGAUCAUGAUUGUCAUCACGGAUGGGCGCUCUUACGAUGACGUGCGGGUCCCGGCGGCGGCGGUACAUCGUAAAGGUGUGAUCGCAUACUCCAUUGGUAUAGCCUGGGCAGCACAGGAAGAGCUGGAAUACAUCGCCACCGACCCCAACAGUGACCACUCCUUCUUCGUGGAUGAGUUUGACAACCUCUACAAGUACGUAUCAAAGAUUAUUCACAACAUCUGCAACGAGUUCAACUCCCAACCGCGUAACUGAGUCAGGCCUCCCGAAGGAGAUCAUGGAAUAUCACCAAAAACCCAAGGAGUAAGUGCAUCACCACACAGUUAGUAAUACAGUGUUAUAAAUGUAGCAUACUGUAAUUAGAAGCCUUACUUUCUGAAUAAAAACCUUAGAGGACAACAGCAUGUCCAGAUUUGAUUUUUUUUUUUGCAAUUUAUAGAAAAUACAGUGUGGAAAUGGUAAAGACAGGAGUGUAUGUGUUCAGUGAUUUUGGAUUAAUGUGUGAUGGACUUCACGGAGUGACAGAUGUUCUGGCGUGGAUCUGCAUAGAUGGUUUUAGUUACAGACUAUUUAUAUUUUACAUGCUGAACAUGAGAAUAUGGAAAAAAUAUAAGUAAUAAUAUCUUUGUUCAUAUGCAAAGCUUUUAGAUUUAAGAUGUUAAUAAGUUACAGAGAAUACAACCACAUUUAAUGAAAAAUGGCAAUAUUUCAAAGGCUCAUGUUGUGUGGUUUCUCCUAACUAUUUUUAUCAAAAUGGAUUCUUUUUCUUGUCAGUUUAAUUUUGUAUUUGUAUAUAUAAAAAUGCUUGUAUUUUUGUCAACUGAUCAAAUAUUUUAAUGCAGUU